ACAUUUUCGUGUCCAUGAGAGAAGAGACACAAAAGCAGAGGCCGUAGGUGAGCAGAAGAAGCAGAGAGCAGCCUGAUACAAAUUUUGUUCGCAAAAUGGCUUCGUUGUGCAGACGAAUGGUUUUCCAAGCAAUUCGUCGUCCGCUUCACUGUAGCGCAGUGAGAGUUCAAAGAAAAACGCUUCCGGACCCUCUGGAAUUGGCAACUGGUAUAGAAAAGCGAGAGCUUCUAGCUAUUCAAGCCGGCAACGAUGAUCCCUUCAACCUGAAAACGAUCAAGCAUGGCACUGGCACAAAAGAUGACCCGAAUCUGGUACCGAGUGCCUUCGAAAGUCGACUUAUCGGCUGUGUUUGCGAGGAAGAUGCAACGUCCAUCACCUGGAUGUGGCUUCAUUCAGGUUGCCCUAGGCGCUGCGAGUGCGGCCAAUGGUUUAAAUUGAUCAAGAAACCUCCUGUCUAAGAAAAACACUGUUAAACGCCCCACGAGCUAGUCGAUUGUUUGGAACAGUUGAAUAGAAAUAAUUUUACAAUAACGCGAACGUCGAGACUCGAGAAAGAAAAGAAGAUAAACAAGAUAGAAACAAAAAGGGGAACGAAGUGGAAAGUGAUGCCGGUUUCAAUUGAAUAACAUCUAAACAUUAAAUUCCCCUGUUUGAAUCCUUUUGUUAUUAUUCACUGUUGCACUAGCAGAUAAAUUCUCGGUUUCAGAUACUUCUGCAUCAAUGUAAAUACUAUACGCUGUUUCCUUAAAUUUAAAAUAAACAGGAAAAAAAGCAACAACUAAGUUGGAACAAAUUCACGCAUCCGGUAAAUCAAAAAAAUAAAAAGUUAUUGGAAAUCA